AUGGGUAACCCAAAAGAAGCUAGGGAAGAAGAUGUGGCGCCACCGCCUUACACUGCAGUCGACACUGUCGCGCACCCCCCGUCGCAUGAUGGUCAAGCGCCGUCCUACGUAGCCGUACCUGGGGGUAGCAACUCAGGUGCGAGCGCCAUCGCAGGCGUAAGCAAUAGAUUCCCGCAGUGUAUUAAUGCGUACUUCGAGAAGAAGUUCACAUCAAGUGCGUUUCACCUAGGGGAGCAUGCCGACACCCCGCUCUACGCGGUAACCAUGCACAGCGGUUGGACAUCGAAGCCGCUAUUAGAAAUGCACUCGGGGCCGAAUGAAUCGGACCCAAUCAUCGCAACAGCGGGCCAUGAGAGCCGCUGGAGUAGCGGGAAGCGUACUAUAAUUCAGAUAUUCCCCGACCCCGCUACCGACUCCGCCGGCCCCUCAACAUCGGCGGGCGAAUCGAGCUCCGGGCCCGGCUCCGCGGUGACGGCGAAAACCAUCAACAUGGUACAAAAGCACUCCUGGACUCGCUUAUGGCAGGAACUAUCUAUCGAAGUGGGUAUAGGAAAAGACCUGCGACUAGAAAACUUCGAGUGGCGGCGCACGCGCGGAGAAGAGGUCAAGGAGCUGGAUAGGUGGGGGAACGGAUGGAAACUAGUGCGGCUAAGCGGGACGGCGCCUGGGCGGGCUUUAACAAGCGAUGGCAAGGAGAUCGUCGCGGUGUGGACGCUCAACGGCAAAAUGAGCAUGAAUAAGUUCUGCAAAUUCCAGUUCCUAGAGAGCGGGGCCACGGGGGUGCUAGGCGACACGUUCGCGCUCACCGCGCUCAUUAGCGGCUUGAAGAUCUGGUACCUCGAAUUCUUGCAGACUACUGCUACUAAUGCCGCCGCGGCUUGA